ACCAGGUCUCACCAUCGAAGAAGAAGUGUUUUCCUGUGCGACAUCGGCGUCACAUCCGCUUUCCUGAUGCCACUGAAUGUUGGAGAGCAAUGGCGGCGUGCCGGGGAUCCUCGUCGAAAUGGUUUUUCACCCGGGAGCAGCUCGAAACCACGCCGUCGCGCCGAUCUGGAGUAGAACCAGACCGGGAGCUCUCCUACCGACAACAGGCGGCAAAUCUGAUCCAAGAUAUGGGUCAGAGACUCAACGUCUCUCAAUUAACCAUAAAUACAGCCAUUGUUUACAUGCAUAGGUUUUAUAUGCACCACUCUUUCACCAAAUUCCAUAGAAAUAUAAUAUCUCCCACCACCUUAUUCUUGGCGGCAAAAGUGGAAGAGCAACCUCGGAAACUCGAACAUGUGAUCAAAGUGGCACAUGCCUGCCUAAAUCCCCAGGAACCACCUCUAGACACAAAGAGUAAUGCAUACCUCCAGCAAGCUCAAGAGCUGGUGAUACUUGAAUCCAUAGUGCUGCAGACCCUGGGCUUUGAAAUUACUAUUGAUCACCCACACACUGAUGUGGUGAAAUGUUCCCAGCUAGUGCGAGCAAGCAAGGAUCUGGCACAGACUUCCUAUUUCAUGGCUACCAACAGUCUACACCUCACUACCUUCUGCCUCCAGUACAAGCCCACAGUGAUCUCCUGUGUGUGCAUCCACCUGGCGUGUAAGUGGUCCAACUGGGAGAUCCCAGUGUCCACUGAUGGGAAACACUGGUGGGAGUAUGUGGACAACUCUGUCACCCUCGAGCUGCUUGAUGAGUUGACCCACGAGUUUCUGCAGAUUCUGGAGAAAACACCCAGUCGAUUGAAGAGAAUACGAAACUGGAGGGCGACACAAGCUGCCAAAAAGCCCAAGGGUGACAACACUCAGUCGGCUGACAACUCCUUUGCUGGGCCUUCCAUGCUCCAGGAUCAUGGGGAUGCCUCCUCCAACCCAAGUUUUUCUAAAGGAGGCGUUCACUUUACCGUGCCCAUGCCUGGCCAAUCCGGAGGUGCAACCCUGUCAUUGGACGCCUUGUCUGGCACGUACAACCCAGCUAGCCACAGUGAGUGGCCCCUUGGCAACCAGAGCCAAACAGGGUACCCUUCCACCUGUAUAAAACAGGAACCGCUCAGCAUCCCUUCCACCUGUAUAAAACAAGAACCCUUCAGCAUCCCUUCCACCUGUAUAAAACAAGAACCCUUCAGCAUCCCUUCCACUUGUAUAAAACAAGAACCCCUCAGCAUCCCUAUCCAAGAGCCACCUCUGUCCUUGCAGACCUCCACUUCCUCUUUGCUUCAGCAUCUGCCGGUAUGCAAGACUGAAAAAACACUAGACUUCAUCCCUGUCGUCAAGCAGGAACAAAAAGGACCUGUUGGGAGCGGAGUGGGCAAGCAUCAGCCACCAACUCAGCCUCCUCCACCACAGCCUUCUCCCGCGCAGAAGCUGUCUCUGGACAAAUACAGAGAGAAACAAGCUGCAGAGCUUGCUGUCUCUGGGCAGAAACGCGGUCAGGAACCACAUGGAGGAAAUAUCGAUUGUGGCGCGAGGGGGGAUAUGUUAUCUUUCUCCUCUUCUUCCUAUGCACCAUCCUCUAUGAGCCAAGCGGACAAUAGAAAAUAUUCACAGCCCCACCAAACAUCUUACGGUGGUGUCGGGAACACCACCGCCUCCCCAAUGAAAAUGAAAGUCUCUUCCUCUUCGACUUCAGGGCAAGAUAGACGUCAUCUUGGGGACAAACGGGACAAAGGCUCGCUUAAACUCCGCCUGGCCGUUCCCGGGUCAGGUAGCAGCUCCCAGCUGGAUAAAAGUGGACAGCCAAGCAAAGAUGAGCUCAAGAUGAAGAUAAAAGUCUCAUCGUCAGAGCGCCACAGUUCGUCGGAUGAAGGCAUGGCGGCCAACAACAACAACAAGAGCAAACAUUCCAGCCCUCUGGUGAGCAAGGAGAAACAACAUCGUGGAGCAGAUCACAACCUCCAUCGCCACCACAAGCACAGUCACCCCCAUCCACACACGCACAGUGGGAACGGCGGCGGCAGCCUGCUGCGUGGUUCCCCAGGACUGGUCAGCGUGGAAGGCACUCCGCUUGCUCCUCCCGGAUCCACUUCUUUGUCUUCUUCGCGCAAAAGGGCGUACCCCGAGGCAAGCCACAACCACCACCCACCAUCCUCCUUCUCCACUUCAUGCUCCAAAGGGAGCAAAGUCCCCAAGGGGGGCACUGGUGCUGCAGGUGGGCUGCGGACCUCUCAGCAGUACCCUCCUCCUAGCGAAUCGCCACAUGAAGUAGGAGAGCAGAGACACUGAAUCCACCGCUCUGCAGCCAUGGACCACCCCGUGGAAAUGAGAACAAACUACCCACACCUCAGACUUUGGAGACUAUGCUCACCUCCCUGUUAAGUGCCCUAGGAAAAUAACUCAUUAUGUCAUGAUAAACCCUUUACUGAUAGGCAGAAACACUACUGCAAAAA